AUGACCCUUUUUGCCACCAGCAGUAACACUACAGAUGAUUGUUUGCGGGGUAAUUCUGGGAAAAUUAGAACGAAGCAACGUCACACGCCCGCCGUCACAAUGGCUCCCGUCUCAAGCGUGAAGCGCACCAUCGUCAAGAAGCGCACGAAGCGCUUCAACCGCUUCCAGUCGGACAGAUAUAAACGUCUGAGUUCGUCAUGGAGGAAGCCCAAAGGUAUUGACUGCCGCGUGCGCCGCAAGUUCAAGGGCACCAACCUGAUGCCCAACAUCGGCUAUGGGUCGAACAAGAAGACUCGCCACAUGCUGAGGAACGGCUUCUACAAGUUCCGCGUCGAAAGACCUCAGGACAUUGACAUGUUGUUGAUGCACAACACAAAGUUCGCUGCAGAAAUCGCUUCCGGGGUUUCUUCCAGGAAGAGGAGAGAAAUCAUUGAGAGGGCAGAACAGUUCAAUGUCCUCGUCCUCAACAAGUCCGCAAGACUCAACUCAACUGAGGACGAGUAA